UCUAUAUCGGAAACGCAGAUAAUCUCUCUCUCUCUCUCUUGAUCUCUGAAGCAUGACGAAGUUGAGAUUCGAAUACGAAUACGAAGAGGAAUACAUUAAAAACUCGAGAGGCGUUGAGUUGUUCGCUUGCAGAUGGGUUCCAUCUUCUUCUCCCCGAGCUCUGGUCUUCCUCUGCCAUGGUUACGCUAUGGAGUGCAGUAGCUUCAUGAGAGAAUGCGGAAUACGGCUGGCAUCAGCGGGGUACGCAGUGUUUGGUCUGGACUACGAGGGACAUGGUCGGUCGAAGGGAGCUCGCUGCUAUAUUAAAAAGUUUAGUAAUAUCGUAAACGACUGCUACGACUAUUACACUUUCAUCUCUGCACAAGAAGAAUACAAAGAGAAAGGUAGAUUUUUGUAUGGAGAAUCAAUGGGAGGUGCGGUAGCUUUGUUGCUUCACAAGAAAGAUCCUUCUUUUUGGAACGGUGCCCUUCUCGUUGCUCCCAUGUGUAAGAUAUCAGAGAAGGUGAAACCACACCCAGUGGUCAUAAAUCUACUAACAAGAGUUGAAGAUAUUAUACCAAAAUGGAAGAUCGUUCCAACAAAAGAUGUUAUCGAUUCUGCUUUCAAGGAUCCGGUCAAGCGGGAAGAGAUAAGGAACAACAAGCUGAUAUAUCAAGACAAGCCAAGACUUAAAACGGCACUCGAAAUGCUUAGAACAAGCAUGGACCUCGAAGAAACCCUACACGAGAUCACAUUGCCUUUCUUUGUCCUCCACGGUGAAGCAGACAUUGUGACUGAUCCAGAGAUAAGCAAAGCCUUGUUCGAGAAAGCAAGCACACGUGACAAAACCAUCAAGCUUUAUCCAGGCAUGUGGCAUGGGUUAACUUCCGGUGAGCCUGACGCCAACGUUGACCUCGUUUUUGCUGACAUGGUGAAUUGGCUUGACGUACGUACGGGCGACUCCGCUUCUCUCACAGUCACUCCCAUACAAGAAGAUCGUACCUGCAAUGUUAUUAAAGUCGUAAGUAACGGUCAAGAGAAAUCUAAACGACCACAACAAGCUAGUAGUAGUCUCCUUUGUGGGUUAAACGGUGGUGGUGGACGCCGUUUGGUUCAUCGAUCUUCUAUGUAAUAAACUUAAAAAACAGAGAAGAAUCUGUUUUUAUGUGUUUAUUUUGUAUUUCAUAUUCGUUUCCCAAAAUCUUUGUAGUGUAUUCCCCUCUUCAAUCCCUUUGAAUUAUUAUAAUGGGCCAUAAUAAUAGUUAAUAACUGAAGUAUGGGCUUUACUCUAAAUGGUUAUAUACUUUUAUGGCCCAAUAAAUGUAUGGGUCCUAAAUUCAGCCCUCUUUAAUCUUGACUGCUCUGACGAGUCGUCGUCCUUGCAACAUUAUUAUUCUCACAGUGAGAUCUUUGGAAAACGAAAGCGGGAUUUAGCUUCAGCAGCUUCCACCGUCUUCAAAUCAACAUGAGUAAGCCCAUGGACGAGG